AUGGGGGGAUCAGCAAGCACAGUGAAGGUGCCUAUUCCUGACUUUGUUUGGUUGACCGAAGUCCCAUUCAUUCGUAUUGCUGACAAAACCACUGCAGAGGUUUGUCUGACGGUAAACGCCACUUGCUGCGCUCGUCUGCUGCUAACGCAAGACGGAGGAGAGGAUAAAUUAGCGACAGAUUUCCUCUUACAAGAAAAUACAGAGAAGACCAUAACCCUUCAAGGCCUCAAACCAGGUUAG